UCGAGCAGCUCCAUUAGUCAGUGCGUCAUGCUGCUCAGUGUGCUGCGUCGUCCGUCCGUGCGGCUCCAGCUGCUCGCCCGCGGCUCGCGCAGCGACUCCGCCCAAGUUCUCCGCUUCUUCAGCUCCACCGCUCCGACGGAGCAGAAGCCUAAGAAGGAGGAGGAAGAGGAAGAGCUGACCAACUCUAAACUAUGGGACAAGGUGCUGGAGAGCCACCCGGAGCACCAGGGUCAGCAGGGCGGCGACCUGCUCUACGAGUACCCGCGCAAGGGCUACUUUGGGCUCAUGUCGGCGGGAUCGCUCGCCCACAUCGCGUUUUGGUCGUGGCUGAAGGGAUACGAGCAGAGUCUGGUGGAGAUGCACCCUGUGCUGGGUGAGCCGACGUUCUUCUCGUUCAUCUCGGACGACUUUGGCUCCUCGAUUGGUUUCGGCAUGAGCAUUAUUCUCGCCGGUCUCAUUGGUUUCCACGCGCGGCGAACGGUGGCGCGUAUUUCGGUCGUCGCGGGCGGUGACAAGCUUCGUUUCACGACGCACAAGUUCUUCGGAGUAAGAUGCUGA